CAGGGAAGCAAACCUCUGUGAAUGGACAGGCAGCUCUGAGGCCUUGAUCUUCUCCUGUCCCUGGUGCUCCAGCCACAUCUCAUAACCAAAACCUCCCAUUUAGGUUUAAGUCUGUGAAUAGUGGACUCCAAAUUAAGUCAGUUGUUGUAAACUUGGUCGGGUUACAAGACCCAGGUCCCAAGCCAGGGAUAAAUGGAUCACUGCUGCUGCGGAAUUAGGCACUAGCAGAGACCAGGGUCAGCAACAGGAUGAAGCUACACCUCUUAAAAUAAAUUUGACACCAGAUUGCAAAGAGCUUUAUUGUCAGCAUCCUAUAAAGUUCCUUCUGUUGCUCAGAGAUCUUGCUGUGUUUUAUGUGAGCAUGUGUUUGUUUUUUCACAAAGUCCUUUGAACGUUUGCCGGGUGUCCUUGGCAAACGCAGCUCUCCAUCACACUGCUGACCCCGUGGCGCUGGGCUGCUGCUGCAGGAACUGAUCCCGUGGGCUCAGGCUGUGCUCCCUGUGCCCUUUUCACGAGCUGUGCAGGGCUCACAGGGCACAGGUGGCGAUUUUUCCAGAGGAGCGAGGGGUGCUGUGGACACGACAUUUGGCCAUUUCUGAUGGAGAAGCUUCCUGACUCCUCUGAAAACUACAGUGUGGCAAAUUGCAGUGUGCAGCCAAGAGUAAGACAGAUCUCUGCUAGGAUCUGGCCUCAGUCCUCUUGAACAGCCUCAGACAUCUUCCCCAGAGGGCUAAAUAUUAUUAAGCAAAAAGAGCAAGAGGAUUAACAAGUGGUUCAGGAAGCAGCCUACAGGCCCAGGUGUCUCCAAACCAUAGCCCUGCUCUGCCUGCUGCUCUAGACAAACUCUCACUGACCCUUAGGAAACUUCCUUUGCUUUUUCAGGAAAUAAUUCCCUUCCUCAUGGCUAAGUUUUCCCAUCUCCAGAAGCUGCCAAGGGCUUCUCAGCUGUCAGAGAGACAGCUGGAGACAAGUUAGAGCCCUCCUGUGCCCUCCACUGCCCCUUUUUCUUUCUUUUUAAAGCUUCUGUUAAUGAAACCCAAAGCAGAGCAGCAUGCUCUGUGUGCAAGGCAGGGGCUAUUGAGCGGCUGCUGUUAUUUUUCCGCAAACAAUGCGGCAGGUUCCCAGCCUUGCUGUGCUGACGGGAGCAAGAAUGAGGACUGUAUGGAGCCUUCACGUGGAGGCUGCUCUUGCAGCUGAUGUGUUGGGAACUGCACCUAGAGGUGACAGCUUAGAAUUCAGCCGAAUGUGUGCUAAUGGAUGAAGAGCUGACUGGCUGUGCCACCUUGGCCCUGUGCCAGGGCCUGGUGCUCCUUGGCUUUGGUUGUAUAUGUCCCCCAACCUGGGCAGAUGCCCUCAGGGUGGGGGUCCUGCAGUCCCCAUGCUUUGUUAUUCUCUUUGCAGGAGCACCCCGCAGUCCAUCCCCUUGUGCUGGCUGCUCUAUGCACAACUAAGUGCUGCAAAGCUCAGUCUAAAGAGCCAGGCUAGGAGUGGGAAGCAGUGCAGUGACUAACCCUGUGGAGCUGAGGUCUCUUGCAUCUCAGCCUUUUUUGCUUGACAAAAUGUCACCACAGCCUGCAUGGAGUGACCUUUCUCAGCACAUCAGCUUCCCUCCUAUGUGCUUGAGCCCAGCCAGGACAUGGGGACCUGAGCCCACAGUGCUGCACAAGCCUGGCCGGCCAGGCUGUGUCUCAGCCCUCGGCCUCCCUGAAGUGCCCUUGGGCUGCAGCCCCCUCCUCUCCACUGGUGACCCACGCAGGAUGUUGCUCUUGAUAAAGCUGCCUCCCUGCAGUGCCUGCCUUCGCUGCCCUGAUCUCUGCGUCGCCUCCAGAAUGGGAAUUACACAGUUAUUCUUGUUAUUUUAAUAACUUCUGUUACCAGUGGAGGAAAACAGUAGAAUUAAUGGAUACACAUAAAAGUGAUUUACCUUGUUAUAACCAUCCCUCCUCAAGGUUUACAUAUUUAGCCAAUAAAUAAGCCUUCUUUAAGAAAAAGAGCUUUAUGCCUUGACUUCUAAGCAGAUGCAGCGUUUGUGAGCUCCUGGGAUCCAAGUCUCAUAAAAACAAAGCAGCCAGAGCAGUGUGAAGAACCAGCAGGACCCUGGUCUGCUCCUCCUCUGCAGCCCAGCCAGGACCGCUUGGGCUGUGCUGUGGUCUGUCUCUGGGGAAGGCAGCAGCCUCUGAAACUUGUCUUAUAUCUUUAAUUCCUGAAUUUCCUGAUGGCCCCACUGGCCUCUUACAUUGCUUUUGUUUGUUGUUGGGUGUGAUGUCACACGCUUUCACCCAGGGCAAGCACACAAAGUGCAGCUUGGGAGGUUCAGAGGAAAAAAUGUUGUGUUCACGCAGUAGCGCAGUCUCAUCCCUGCAGCUUUCCCUGACCCAGCUGUGCGGGGCAGGACUGACAUGGCCUGGGGGCAGAGGAGUUCCUGUCCAGGCAGCGGGGCCGUCACCCCCAUAGCUCCCUCCAGCCAGUGCUUAUGGAAGUUUGCAUGGAUAUAGGCGACGCUCAAGCCAGGUGUAAGCGUGAUAUGUGCAGGCAUAGGUGUGAUAUGUGCAGGCGUAGGUGUGAUAAGUGCAGGUGCAGGCAGCCUGGGCGUUGAUCAUCUCUUGAUGCCAAGCAUCUGAAGCUUGCAGCUUUAUUCUGGCCCCGUCUUUGUCAGCCCAUCCAUUCCACUCCUUGCUUCCACUCCUUGUUAGUUGCUUCUCUGCACCCUUCCCAGUGCUCCAGCAGCAGCUCUUCCAGAGGAACCCAGCAGCCGCUGUUCUAGACCCCCAAAUCCAAUCACCCCAUUGUCCGAAGAGCCUCCGGUUUCACUUUGACAUCAAACUGCAUCUUGGCUACGUGCUGGUCAUUGAUAUUCCACCCUUGGAGAUGUGUCGCUGGUUAAUAUUCCAGCGGCAGCAUUCCCACAAAGCCAAUCCCAAGGCCGCCGUAACCGGUGGGAUUUUUCUUGAUUGGUGCAAACGAUGUCCACUGAGCUCUGCCCUCCCGAGCAGGAAGCGACAAAGCCACUCUGUUACCGAAUUGAAUAGAAGGAAGUCUCCACACUUACGCAAAGAAAUUUGGCAGAAGUUAGAUAGCGAGUGAAACAACAAGUGCUGCUGCAGAGAUUAUAGCAAUGGCAGGAGCUGGUCGCUGUCUUUGGGGGAGACUUACAGAGCUUUCUGUGAAGGAUUAAUUCUUCCAAAUCAUUGCUUUGUGGGUGCACACGCCUCCAAUCAGCACCCCACGCCGCUCUGACUCCGCUAUCUCCGUCCGUUCAUUACACUCCGAGUCCAACAUGUCCUUGCGCUCAACAUUCUCACUCCAUGAGGAAGAGGAGGAGCCAGAACCCUUGGUUUUUGCUGAACAACCGUCUGUGAAGCUGUGCUGCCAACUGUGCUGUAGUGUGUUUAAGGAUCCAGUUAUCACAACCUGUGGGCACACAUUUUGUAGAAGAUGUGCCUUAACAUCUGAGAAGUGCCCCGUGGACAACGCCAAACUGACCGUCGUGGUGAACAACAUUGCGGUGGCUGAGCAGAUCGGGGAGCUCUUCAUCCACUGCAAGUACGGCUGCCGGCCCGCAGCCAGCAGCAAGCCUGCUGCAUUCGAGGUGGAUCCCCGGGGCUGCCCCUUCACGAUUAAACUGAGUGCCAGGAAAGAUCAUGAAAGCAGCUGUGAUUACAGGCCGGUUCGCUGCCCCAAUAACCCCAGCUGCCCACCUCUGCUGAAAAUGAACCUGGAGGCACAUCUGAAAGAGUGCGAGCACAUAAAGUGUCCCCACUCCAAAUACGGGUGUACGUUCAUAGGAAAUCAAGACACUUAUGAGACCCACUUGGAGACGUGCAAGUUCGAGGGGCUGAAGGAGUUCCUGCAGCAGACAGAUGAUCGCUUCCAUGAGAUGCAGGUGGCGAUGGCCCAGAAGGACCAGGAAAUUGCCUUCCUGCGCUCCAUGCUGGGGAAGCUCUCAGAGAAGAUCGACCAGCUGGAGAAGAACCUGGAGCUUAAGUUUGAUGUGCUGGACGAGAACCAGAGCAAGCUGAGCGAGGACCUGAUGGAGUUCCGCAGGGACGCGUCCAUGCUGAAUGAUGAACUCUCCCACAUUAAUGCUCGACUCAACAUGGGCAUCCUGGGAUCCUACGAUCCUCAGCAGAUCUUCAAGUGCAAGGGGACCUUUGUGGGACACCAGGGCCCUGUCUGGUGUUUGUGUGUUUACUCCAUAGGAGAUUUGCUCUUCAGUGGCUCUUCAGACAAAACCAUUAAGGUGUGGGAUACCUGUACCACAUACAAGUGCCAAAAGACCUUGGAGGGUCACGAUGGAAUUGUACUGGCUCUCUGUAUCCAGGGGAACAAGCUGUACAGCGGCUCUGCUGACUGCACCAUCAUUGUCUGGGAUAUCCAAAACCUGCAGAAAGUGAACACGAUCCGAGCACACGACAAUCCUGUUUGCACUUUGGUCUCCUCGCAUAACAUGCUGUUCAGCGGCUCUCUCAAAGCCAUCAAGGUCUGGGAUAUUGUAGGUACCGAACUCAAGCUGAAGAAGGAGCUGACAGGUCUAAAUCACUGGGUGCGAGCGCUGGUGGCUUCUCAAAACUAUCUCUACAGCGGAUCUUACCAGACGAUCAAGAUCUGGGACAUCCGCAACUUGGAGUGUGUCCACGUGCUGCAGACAUCGGGAGGCAGUGUCUACUCCAUCGCUGUGACAAACCACCACAUUGUGUGUGGCACCUACGAGAACCUCAUCCAUGUCUGGGACAUAGAGACAAAGGAGCAGGUCCGCACACUGACCGGGCACGUGGGUACGGUCUAUGCCCUCGCUGUCAUCUCCACGCCGGAUCAAACCAAAGUCUUCAGCGCAUCGUACGACCGGUCUCUCAGGGUGUGGAGUAUGGACAACAUGAUCUGUACCCAGACGCUGCUGCGACACCAGGGCAGCGUCACCGCCCUCGCCGUCUCCAGGGGACGCCUCUUCUCUGGCGCCGUGGACAGCACUGUAAAGGUCUGGACUUGCUAGUGAGGGCACCGCGCUAGUCCUGCACACUGAAAGACCAAAAACUCCUCCAAAACCUCCUCCUCAGCCUGCUGGGUGACGACCACCACUCUGAGAUAACUGCUGCAGCUCUUCUCCGCGCCGAGCACUGCCUGCUGCUGCCCGUCGGCCCUUCCCACCUGCCAGAUCCCCGGCUGGCGGCUUUCAGGCCUGCAGAUGCUCCAGAUGUUCCCUCACAUCUGCCGGAUACGAUUGGAAAUGCAGAGGAAGCCGUUCUGGUGCCAGAACCUUCUGUGGGGGCCGGGGCAGCCCCUCAGGGUACCGGUGCAGCCAUGGGCCUGGGUGGCUCAGUGUGUCAUGGGGACAACCUGGCCAGGGAGGUGACACCGGGAGGCCGGUCCCUUUGUAAAAGGUAGAGCUGAGCAUUAGGCCUUGCCCUGGGUUGGGACCCCAAUCCCUUUCUGUCUCUAGUAUUUAAUUGUACUGCCACGGUGUCAGGCUGAUCGUCUGGGAAGAGGUGUUUUCUUGAGUAGCCAGGUACGAUUUUUACACCACAGCUAGUUCUCAAAUCAAAUAACACAAGCCCAUUGUUCACCACCCUGUAAUAAUGGUCUCCACAUUAAAGAGAAAAAGCCUCCAUUGCAUUUUUACUCACAUUUUCUACUGUUUUUAAGAUUGUAAUAUAGAUUUGAUUAUUUCUUCAUUGACAAUAAAAGUGGAAAGAGUU